UAAGGGCAGUAUCUUCAUGCUCCUACAACAUCUCAUUUUAGUUCUCUCUCAUUGGGUUGCUUACGAAGCUCAAUUUUGCAUUGCAGUCAGUCUGAUAUCAUUAUCUGACUUUUAUCACAAAACUGUUAGUGCCUGUGUGUGUGUAUAUAUAUAGACAUAGUGCUGACUUUUUCUUGCCUGGUUAUAAGUUCCGUAGUGUGUUAAGAAAGAUGGGACAUGGUGGAGGACACACUUGCUGCAACAAACAGAAAGUGAAAAGAGGGCUCUGGUCACCUGAAGAAGAUGAGAAGCUCAUCAACUACAUUACUUCUCAUGGCCAUGGCUGCUGGAGCUCCGUUCCUAAACUUGCUGGGCUCCAAAGAUGUGGCAAGAGUUGUAGAUUGAGAUGGAUUAACUAUUUAAGGCCUGAUUUAAAACGAGGAAGCUUUUCGUCCCAAGAAGCCACCCUCAUAGUCGACCUACACCGAAUUCUUGGAAAUCGAUGGGCGCAAAUUGCAAAACAUUUACCAGGGAGGACGGAUAACGAGGUUAAGAAUUUUUGGAACUCGAGUAUAAAAAAGAAGCUUCUUUCUCAUAGCCACCUUUCUAAUCAUCAUCUUGCCACCACCUUCUCUAACCCUAAAACCACCAACAUUCAUGUUCCUCUAACCGGUGAUCAUGAUCAAUAUUAUGAUGGUUUAUUUGACGCAAAUUACCCUAAUGUGUUAAGCCCAUAUCAACCUCACAUGAUCCAUGAUCAAGAUCAUCAUGCCCAUGCACCACCUCCUGCCAUCAGUCAACCGUUUUUGAUCAAUCUUGAUAAAUGCUUCGAUAUCGAUCCCGCCGCUAAUCUCCCUCCCCUUCCUUCAUCAUUCAUAGUCAAUUCAUCUUCAGUGUUUGACAAUCAGAUCCCCACAUUGGAAUCCUUGAACUAUUAUGAUCACAAUAUCCUCAAACCUGAGAAUUAUGACCUCAUCCUUGGCCAAAACUCCGAGCAUAACCAUCCCAUAAUCCCAUUUAAACUAGUUGGCCAAGAAAGCAGUUUUCAAUUGACCACUCAACCAUCGAUGAACUCACAUGGCUUGAACCCAACUACAACAAGUUCUCAGAUGGAGUAUCUUGAGACUUUCACGCCAAAUUUUCUAUCGUCUUCAUCCUCACCACCGUCAUCAUUGUUGCCCCAAUUUAUGGUUAGCAAGGUAACAAGUAUAAUGUAAUUAAUCAAUGUUAAUAUAAUAUGCGUGUUUUUAGACCAAGAGUGAGUGAGCCUAAAUAUUGCUAGACUUAGGGUCUUUAUUUCAGAGGGAACAAUGGUAUGUUUCUGAUGUUAUUCCCAUAUGAAAAAAGAAAACAUAUUUGCAGUUUCUUCA